GUGAACGAGACCCCUCCGUUUCCCAUGUGAACGGGAUCCACCAGAGAACCUUAUCUCUUCCCUCCUUCUUCCCCAACCAUUCUCUCUUUUGCUCCAUUCUUUUUCAAUGGCCAGUUUGGUGGACUUGGUAAAUACCAAAUGCGGUGUCAUACAAAGGUUGCGCGGCGGCGCAUCGCGGGGCCACAGCAAGCAGCCCGUGGAGGUUGAGCCAGCGUGCGGUGGGUGCUUCCCUCAACGAGAUCAUGCUGCUCGACACCAUGGCGAAGCGGAGCAGCGGGAGCUCGUGCGGUUGUGCCUACCGACAACUCCAUCGACGAAUUGAAGUGCAAGCCAUAGUUUGUAGUCAGAUUAUCUAGGGAAUUCAGAGUGCAGUGCUGCGAUUCUGCAGUUAUUUGUUCAAAAAAAAUGCAAUUGCCGAACCAGCCGACCAUUCAAUUGUGCUCUGGGCUGGGCCUGUUAUCAGUUCCAGACCUGCCAAAUGGGAUGGGCCUAAUCAGUCGUGGCCUUGCCGUGUGCGACCGAGACUAGUUGUCCAAUGGUCCAAGGCCCAGAGCCGCACAAGAAUCGACCACGAAUCUCGGAGAGCCCCCCCUCAAAAAAAAAAGAAAACGAAUCUCGCAGAGUCGCAGUCCUCUCUCUUCCUGACGAGUGACGAGAGCCCGGCGAUGGCUGCCGCCGGCGACGAGCCGGAGACAGUGGAGGUGACGCUGCGCGCCGUCGGUCCGUCCCGCCCCACCACCAUCCGCCUCCCUCCUCUUCUCUCGGUCUCCGAGCUUCGCCGCCGCGUCGCGCGCGACCGCCGUCUCGAAGCCACAGAAGAGGGCCGCCUCCGCCUGGUCCUGCGGGGGAGGCCGCUCCCGCACCAAGACGACGCCCAUGUCAACCUCCGCGAUGGGGAUACACUAAUAGUAGCCGUGGCCCCUAAGCCGCCUGCUAAGCAUCUCCUUGACAAUGACGAUGAUGAGGAGGAAGAGGAAGAACUGAAGUUCAAAAUACCACAAACGACAACCUUGUGGAAGAGGAAAAUCUUCAUGUUCCUACGAGACAAAUUGAGAUUACCUGAUAUCAUUUUGAUGGGGCUGUUUUCGCUCAGUAUGAAGGCAUGGAUUAUUAUUGCAAUGUGGUUCCUAUUUGCACCUAUAGCUCAACACUAUAGCCUUGGACCUCUAUAUAUACUUGGUACCGGUUUCUUGAUCAUACUUCUUAAUCUUGGAAGACGACAACAAGGUGAUGUUAGUGCAUACUCUAUAUUCAAUGAAGACUUCAGGGAGCUACCAGGAACACUUAAUGCAGAUCGCAUAGAUAGAGAUAUCCGAGCAGGUCAAUUUUGAGGCCUUAUAUGGGUGAAUAGCAACCAUGGUAUGCUGAACUUUGUACAGAAGCAUAGUGGGCAUUGUCUUUGUUAAUGCCUGGAAGAAAACAUUUUCUGGAUCAAGAUAGUGCCCUUCUAAGGUCCAAUGUGUUUCUUACCUGUAAAGUGAAUGAGCGUUGCAUGUUGACGAAGAGAAAUUACUAGCACACUUUGGAGAUGUCUGAAUUUGCCAACCCAAAAGAGCUGAGUCGUCGUAAGACUGGCAGCCCUGCUCUUAUAAACCCUUACAUACUUUACUUAUAUGUAUGAGAGUUUUAUUUAAGUUGA